AUGGACACCCAUACUCCACCGUCUAGUUUGGCCCAGAAGCCGAAAAGUCUCAAAUUACUUUUCCAAAGUUCAUAUCUCUUAGGUCUUGCAGCAACGUCGCUGCUUGCCACUGGUGUCUAUGGAAUCGUCAAUUGUUUGAGCACAAUUCCCGCCAUUCUUCUCAUUGAUCGAUUGGGUCGCCGACCUCUCCUUAUGGCAGGAGCCGCAGGGACCUUCAUUUCUCUGGUAAUUGUUGGCGCCAUUAUAGGAGCUUAUGGCUCCUCAUUGGCCGAUAACAAAGUCGAUGGUUGGGUUGCUGUUGCAUUCAUCUAUAUUUAUGAUGUUAACUUUUCUUACUCUUUCGCUCCCAUCGGAUGGGUUUUGCCAUCUGAGAUUUUCAACCUCACAAUUAGAUCUAAGGCAAUCUCAAUCACCACCUCGACCACAUGGAUGUGCAACUUUAUAAUCGGACUUGUAACACCGGACAUGCUUGCGAAAAUAACUUGGGGAACUUACAUCUUCUUUGCAGCAUUUUGUCUCAUCGCCUUCGCGUUCACGUAUUUCUUUGUUCCAGAAACAUGCGCACAGACCCUUGAAGAUAUGGAUCUUGUGUUUGGUGACACUGCGGCACACGAAGAGAAGGAAAGACUUCGACAGAUCGAGGUGCAACUUUGUGGCGUACGUGUGAACGGAAAUGAUCUUGAGAAGGGACCUAGUGAGGCUGUAUUCAACAAUGACGAGGAGGUCUGA